UCUUGGGCAGCACGCGCGGCUUGAGCAGCCAGAUCUGCUGCACGGGCAGACCCACCUUCAUGCUCGCCGCACGGGCCACCUCCUGUGCGAUCGUCCGCAGCACCGCGUCCUUGUCGCCACGGUGGCGAUCCGUCGUGCACGCCAGCAUCGACACAAACCGACCAAACCCGCCAAAGUGCCGCCUGCUGGCCCUCUUGCUGCUCUUGCCCGCCUUUGCCAUGGUCAGCGCCCUGACCUCCUCCGGCCGCAGCUCACAUGCGAUGCCCAUGCCCUCUCCCUGCUCGCUCUCCACGGGGAAGGCCGCGCAGCAGCCGGGUCGCACGACGUCACACUUGGCCUCGAUGGCCUCCUCGAUGUCCUGAGGGAUGUACUUGCGCCCCCUGACGAUGAUCAUGUCCUUGGCGCGGCCGGCGAUGAAGAGCUCGCCCUUGUAGAGGAAGCCCGUGUCGCCGGUCCGCAGGAAGGGCCCUUCCUGCUUGGGUGCCUUGGUGGUGCACGAGAGGCUGGCCUGGAACGUCUGGCGUGUCUGCUCCGCCAUGUCGAAGUAGCCCUUGGUCGUAGAGGGAGACGACAGCCACACCUCACCCACAUGGCCCUCGGGCAGCAGGUGGUGGGUGGACGAAUCCACUAUCGCAACUGAUGGAUGGAUGGAUGGAUGGAGGAAAAAAGAGAGCACAUGAGGGCAGGGCAACUCGGUGGGUUUGUGUGUGUGUGUGUGUCGGCAUACCGGUUGUGUCGGUGGCAGGGAGUCUGCAGCCGAUGACGAUCUUUCGCUCGGACAUGUCUGGCCAGCUGGGGCGGAAUCCAUACCACUCCUCCUCAAUGCGCACGUUGCCCUGAUCGACACAAGCACAUGUAUACACGGUAAGUAAAUGCAAAUCAGACGCGCACACGUGUCCGUCCGUCGAUGCGUGCAUUGCAUCCUACGUUGGUCUCUAGCUCUAGGGCGUUGAUCGAGAGCACCAGCGGCUCUGCGUCGAGGGUUGGCCGGAAGCCGGUGACACACAGGGUGUUCUCGGCCAACCCAAAGGCAGGCAAGAAGGCGCUGGGGCGCACGCCAACCUCCCGAAACGUCUGCACACACACACACACAUACAUAGACAUACAUGACACAUACAUGAGAUAGUUAGUGGCCAUCCAUCGGUGGGAAAAGUCACUUAAGUCGGCUCACUCACAUCCAUGAAGUUCUUGAUGGACGAGUAUCUGAUUGGCUCUGCUCCGCACAGCCAGGACGUCUUGCUGAGGUCGAGGGACUUCCUAAUGUCCUCAGGCGUCUUGCGGCUGACCAGGUCGUAGGCGAAGUUGGGUGCGGCUGUGACCUCGCACUCCCACUUGGAUAGGCCCUGCAGCCACGACCAGGGCCGCCGCACGAAAUCUAGCGGGGACAUCAUGAUCAUCUCGCUGCCGAAGAACAACGUGCCACCAACAAGACCAAUCAGACCUGAUGAUAAGAAAGGGGAGAGGGAGAGAGAGGGAGAGGGAGAGGGAGAGGGAGAGACGCAUGGAUGAAUUGUCGGUUGUGUGUGCUUCAGUUCGUCCAUCGUCUCACUGCAUCCAUAUAUGCCUACCCAGGUCAUGAUAGACCGGCAGCCAGCUGAACGUGCGUACGUUGUGCCCCAGCACACUCCGCGAUUGACUGUGCCUGUUGUACCAAAAUGUCACGAACUCGCGCAACGGGCGAUCAAACAGCGGGACGAAGGCCUCCUCGCUGCCGUCGGCCUCCCCUCCGCUGUCCUUCCUGAGGUCGUCCUUGGUGCGGCGAUCGUCUCGCGGGUCCAUCCCGAAGGUGGCCGUGCACAGGUGCACGUUGCUAAAAAAAAGUCCACAAGGACAUAGACAGUGCACAGUGAAUGCAUCGCAUCCGUCACUCACGCAUCCAUCGUGUGCCCUGCACAGCCUCUUUCUUACUGGAGUAGGUUUCCGUGUGUGACCAUGACGCCCUUGGGGUGGUUGGUGGACCCCGAGGUGAACUGCAGGAAGGCCACCUGGCUGUGGGGUAUGUCGGAGGGGAGGGGGGGGAGGGACGGGCCGUGGCCGUUCUUGGAGGCCCUGUCGAUGAGCUCCUGCGAGCUGAACCACCGCAGCUUGUGCCAUUCCUUGCGCACCUCGUCGGUCAGCUCGUUCUCCUUUGCAGCCGGCGGCUGCGUGUGGCCGUUGGAUGCGAGGGGUGCCUGGAGAUGGGUGGCGAUGGCCGAGGGGCGGUGGCUGUGGAGGGUGAGCUUGCAGUUGAGGCCGUGAAGGAUGCGCUGGUAGAAGAUGUUGGUCAGGCACACCUGCGCCUUGACCGUCGAAGCGAUCCGCGUGAAACGGGGAAGGUCCGUGCUCAACUGAAACAACGAACAGUGACAGACAGACAGAGAGGCAUGAACAUACGAACGUGCGGGCACCGCACCCGAGUGGUCGUAUGUAUGUGUCCCUCCCGUCCCGUGGUGGUUGCCUAGACUGACCUUGGAUGGGUCAGGAGGGUAGACAGGCACGGCGAGCACCCCACUGUACAGGCACGCGAAGAAGGCCACGACAAAGUCGAUGCCCGGCGGGUAGCACAGCAGCACCGACGCAGGCUUGCCAUCCUCCCCCGCAUCCAGCAUUUGCAGCAGCUGCCGCCCCAGUGCCUCGGCCCGCCGAUGCAGCUCCUGAUAGCUGAUGGCCGACUCCACGGAUCCGUCCACCUUGAUGAAGCGGACGGCAUUGACGGCCGGCUGCACACGGGCCCAGUAGGAGAUCAUCCGCCGGAUUGCGGGACCGUCCUCGGGCACUUCCGUCGGCGCGCCGUCACCACAUGGCCACCAGCACUCCUUGACGUAGUAGUCAUAUAGGCCGUUUGCCGCCAU